GAGCAGGAGUGCGGAGCGGCAGCCUCCCUGCUGCCCUGCUUUUUAAGAAAUCUCAAUGAACUAUUUGUAAAGAAUCGCUGAUCCUGCCUGCAAGCUUUUUGCAUGGCAAAGACAUCGAUCAGUGUUCAGUGAAGAUCGCAUUUUAUAUGCGCUCUUGACUUUUUUUUUCUUACAUUAUAUUUUUAUAGAUUUUGUUAUAAACAUGGUGCUGGGAAAGGUUAAGAGUUUGACAAUAAGCUUUGACUGUCUUAAUGACAGCAAUGUCCCUGUGUAUUCUAGUGGGGAUACAGUCUCAGGAAGGGUGAAUUUAGAAGUUACUGGGGAAAUCAGAGUAAAAUCUCUUAAAAUUCAUGCAAGAGGACAUGCGAAAGUACGCUGGACUGAAUCUAGAAACGCCGGCUCCAAUACUGCCUAUACACAGAAUUACACUGAAGAAGUAGAAUAUUUCAACCAUAAAGACAUCUUAAUUGGACACGAAAGAGAUGAUGAUAAUUCCGAAGAAGGCUUCAACACUAUUCAUUCAGGAAGGCAUGAAUAUGCAUUCAGCUUUGAGCUUCCACAGACACCACUUGCUACCUCAUUCGAAGGCCGACAUGGCAGUGUGCGCUAUUGGGUGAAAGCCGAAUUGCACAGGCCUUGGCUUCUACCAGUAAAAUUAAAGAAGGAAUUUACAGUCUUUGAGCAUAUAGAUAUCAACACUCCUUCAUUACUGUCACCCCAAGCAGGCACAAAAGAAAAGACUCUCUGUUGCUGGUUCUGUACCUCAGGCCCAAUAUCCUUAAGUGCCAAAAUUGAAAGGAAGGGCUAUACCCCAGGUGAAUCAAUUCAGAUAUUUGCUGAGAUUGAGAACUGCUCUUCCCGAAUGGUGGUGCCAAAGGCAGCCAUUUACCAAACACAGGCCUUCUAUGCCAAAGGGAAAAUGAAGGAAGUAAAACAGCUUGUGGCUAACUUACGUGGGGAAUCUUUAUCAUCUGGAAAAACAGAGACGUGGAAUGGCAAAUUGCUGAAAAUUCCACCAGUUUCUCCCUCUAUUCUUGACUGUAGCAUAAUUCGUGUGGAGUAUUCACUAAUGGUGUAUGUGGAUAUUCCUGGGGCUAUGGAUUUAUUUCUUAAUUUGCCACUUGUCAUCGGUACCAUUCCUCUACAUCCGUUUGGUAGCAGAACCUCAAGUGUAAGCAGUCAAUGUAGCAUGAAUAUGAACUGGCUUGGUUUAUCUCUACCUGAAAGACCUGAAGCACCACCAAGCUAUGCAGAAGUGGUAACAGAGGAACAAAGGCGGAACAAUCUUGCACCAGUGAAUGCUUGUGAUGACUUUGAGAGAGCGCUUCAAGGACCACUGUUUGCUUAUAUCCAAGAGUUUCGAUUCUUGCCUCCACCUCUUUAUUCAGAGGUUGAUCCAAAUCCUGAUCAGUCAACAGAAGAUAGACCAUCAUGCCCCUCUCGUUGAAGGAAUACUUGUUUAAAUCAAGUUGAUGUGGGUUCUGAACUAUAUCUCUUCCCAACUGAGGACAGAGGAAGUAUCCUGGAGACACGUUUUCAGAGGAAGUGGAAUUGCUUUUGCCCAGAAAAAUGGCAAAUACAUGAAACAACCAGCGAUCAUGCUUUAGAAGCCUACAGCAACAUUCUGGGACUGCUCCAACAUGCUUGAAGAUCUAAGCUUUUCUCCUUUAAAACUGGCACAUACUCAGAGCAGUCUUCUUAGCCUAUGGGGUCAUACGUGUCAAGACACCACGUUGUAAAAGAGGGAUGAUUUCCUUCUUUUGAAAAUUUGCACAUGCUCAAUGCUUACAUUGUGCGGUUCAAUGUCACUACAGCUUUUUUUUUUUUUUUUCCAUUUAUGCCAGACUCUUGAUACUCUUUUAAAACUUGUUUGUGGUCAGCACAACAAGGAACAAAAGAAAGCUUUGAAAAAACUUUAACAUGAAAAAAAAAAAAAACGCACUGACCUUUUUUAUUUAA